CUUGUUUAUCUAUACCUUCACUAGAGGUAAAUAUACUUAUUACCUUAAACCAACAAAUUAUAAUUACCUAGUAGCCGAAUAAUAACACUAGUAAGUUAUAUAGCUUAGGCGAAUUCUAGGGUAUAAUAGAUUAUCAUCGACUCAGUGAUAACUAUUAUAUAUCAAGAUAUACUGUAGCUAAGUCUGAGGGACAUAAUCGCAAUGUUCACAAAUGGCAUGACCACACUGACGGCACGCAGAGCUAUCCUCAAACACCUGUGGACCAAGGCCACAUUUACACUAAUAGGGUAUUAUCUUAUUUUUAGCUUUAAUCGCCUUAUAAAAUUCGAGGUGUUUAUAAAAGCUUACACAUAUAUACAUGUAUAUGCCCCCUGGGAGUAUCACUGGAUUCGAAAGGGAAUAGCAAUAACGGUGCCUUUCACUGUGGCGAUAGAGGUUUAUCUGGCUCUGUUAAUAACCACAUUAUGUUUUACCAGUGUUCCUGACAUAGCACAAUUCCAUUACUAUGACUUACUUGAUUCGCCAUAAUUCCAGACUGUACAAGGCAUAUACAACCGCAUUGUGGCAGCUCUAAACUAUUAAUAUAGGGCGAUAGGUAAGAGCCAUCGGGGAUAUAGCUUUUGCAAUCCCGAAGAAAACACAUAGUAUAGCGAAGAAAAACCUUUAGCAAAACCACGUUCUUGGGCCUUUAGAUAGAUUUAUCGCCAGAAAUAAUAGAUCUACAUAGGCUUAGUGCGGGGUUUUG